GUUGUAAGAAGGUGCGUCGGGUGCCUUAAGAAUUUUUACGUAUCACGAGGAGUUUUUACUUAUUUUUUAAUUACGAAAGAAGUGAUAAAUUAAGGAAAGAAGUAUAUGACGAUAAUAAUAGAAUAAUCGAGAUCGGAUAUAUUGUUUUGGAAUUAUUUUUUUUCUCCUAUUUUGAUUCAACGAGAGUUUAUUAUUUAUUAUCAUUGAUCGGGAACACGCAUGAUGUACUCGAUAUCGUAGAACGAUAGUGACACCAAAGUAUUCAGUAAUCAGUAGUUGUGCGUUGAAACGAUCGUACACGAGGAAACGAUUUCUACGAUAAUCAUUUUAAGUUUUUCAUACAAUUUUAUUUAAUAUUCUCGUAGUAUAUACGAAAUAAAUUGUCAAAGUUAUUUCAAGAAAAUGGACACCGACGUUGAAUCUUGUUUAAAAGAUUGGAAUGAUUUAGCACGAGAUUACAAGGAGUUAGAGGCAUUGAAUAGGGAAUAUCUUGCUAAAUUAGAAGAAGUUAGAGAAUUACAAGCAAAAUGUGUCAAAGGAAUUUCUCAUCAAAGAUACAGAAUGGGUAUUAUUUCAAAAUCUCUGAAACAACUGCAGGACAACGAUACGAGAAUGACGUUAGAUAAAGAUAUGAUAAGAAGAGAGCAGCAAUUACAUGAAAUGGAACAAACUUUACCAAAACCAAAUGGUGUAUAUCUUCAAAUUAUACUAGGCAGUGUUAAUGUUUCUAUACUGAAUAAAAAUGAUAAAUUUAAAUACAAAGAUGAAUACGAAAAAUUUAAAUUAAUAUUAUCUGUGAUUGGUUUUGUACUAUCUGUUUUAAAUCUGUUUACUAAUGUUAGAACAUUGGAACUGAGUUUAAUGUUUCUUCUAGUCUGGUAUUAUUGUACAUUAACAAUAAGAGAAAGUAUUCUUAAAGUAAAUGGAUCAAGAAUUAAAGGUUGGUGGCGGUUUCACCACUUUCUCUCCACUGUAGUAUCUGCAGUUUUAUUAGUGUGGCCAAAUACAGGUGCUUGGUAUGCAUUUCGAGGUCAAUUUAUCUGGUUCAAUGUAUAUAUUAGUAUAGUACAAUAUCUACAAUUUCGUUAUCAGCAUGGUGUUCUCUAUCGUUUAAAAGCAUUAGGUGAAAGACAUAAUAUGGAUAUUACUAUUGAAGGUUUUCAUUCUUGGAUGUGGCGAGGAUUAUCAUUUCUCCUACCAUUUCUGUUUGUUGGAUAUUUUUUCCAGCUUUAUAACGCAUAUACAUUAUUCAUGUUAAUAUCUCAUCCAGAAGCUACUUGGCACGUGUCAGUUCUUAGUGCUAUGUUCUUGAUAUUAUUCCUAGGAAAUGUCACAACAACUGUUAUGGUUAUUCCGCAAAAAUUAAGAGAACAGGUAAAGGAUCAUCUUCCUGGAGUAUUUACAAAUAAAUCUGAUCGCAGAAAGGAAAUUUCAAAAGAGGAAGUUAAAUCUGAGAAAAGUGAUUAAAAAAGGACAGAUAGAUAUUGAACAUUAUAAAAUUAAUAACAAUCACAAAGGGAAAGUGGUUUGUUAAUUUAUAUCAGAAUGAAAUGAUAUUUGUGUAAUCAAUAGAUGGGAAGAUAAGUCUCGAUAAAAUAGAUGAUGUCUUCGUCAUAUCAAUUCUUUAUAUAAAAGAUUUUAAAUUAAUGCAUUUUUUCAUGUUCCAUGAUACUUUAUACUUUUUAAAUUAAAACAUUAAAAAUAUUAUGAACAAAGUUUUAUAAUUACAUGCGUAUCUUUUAUUAUAAAUAUUAUAAAUAAAAGGUACCUGUUCUCUAUAAUAGAAAUAUUUAUUUAAUAAGUAAUAUGUCUACUUCAGUUAUACGCACAUGUCUGUCAAUUUAAUAUUGAUUGUGCUUGGUAAACAAGUGUUGUUAUGAUUUAUAGAUUUCUGUGAUUAAUUGUUAUAAGUAUCAAAUUAUCUGGGACAGUUCGUAUAUGAAAAGUAUUUGUUUUUAAUGUAUUUAUUAUAAUGUAUGUAUAUAUAAAUAAAAAUACCAGUGUGACAAACACAAAAUUGCAUAA